AUGGUGAGACAGGAGAAGGAGAAAGGCACAAACCUCUUGAGAUGGUUCAGAGAACAACAUGGCACCCUCGAUACAUCCAGCAUGGGGAUUGUCAAUUUCCUGGGGCACGGACGCGGCGCGAUCGCCCUGAAGGACAUCCCAGAAGACUACACUAUCUUUAGCCUAUCACGAGAUUUGACUCUAUCAACGCGGACGUCAACACUACCUACGCUCAUGGACAAGGGCUGGAAGGAGCACGGCCUGCACGAAGGCUGGGUCGGGCUCAUACUCUGUAUGAUGUGGGAGGAAUCUAGGGGGCCGGAGUCGAAGUGGUCGGGAUACCUAGCUGCUCUGCCCGAAAAGUUCGAUACUCCCAUGUUUUGGCCGGAAGAUGAUCUCAAGGAGCUGCAGGGGACCGCAGUGGUAGACAAAAUUGGGAGGGCCGAUGCUGAGCGCGACUACCAUGAAAAGUUGAUUCCCGCGGUCAAGAGCAGACCGGACCUAUUCCCUGAAGACAAACUCGAGCGAUAUUUCUCCCUCGAGCGGUACCAUGUGAACGGCAGCCGUAUCCUUUCGCGUAGUUUCCAUGUUGAAAGGUGGAAAGGUGGGCACACUGAGGACCAAGGCGUGGAAGAUGACGAAGCAGACGGCAAUGGCAUGGACGUCGAUCCUCAGGAACCCCCUGUCGACACCGAGCAAGGCGGAGACGCCACCGAGCAAGUUGAAGAAGUGCAACUCGAGGGGGACGAGGAAUUAGGUGAUGAGGAUCAAGAAGACCCUGCGGACGUAGCUAUGGUCCCCAUGGCGGACAUGCUCAACGCUCGUUUUGAGUCGGAAAACGCCAAGCUCUUUUACGAAGAGCGCGAGCUAAAGAUGGUCACGACAAAACCAGUCGAGGCCGGAGAACAGAUUUGGAAUACGUACGGUGACCCUCCUAAUUCCGAUCUGCUCAGGAGGUAUGGGCACGUGGACGUCGUACCCCUCCGCCCACCUCUGUCCGGUAUGGGUAACCCGAGGGACAUAGUCGAAGUCCGCGCGGACCUGAUAGUGUCCGCCGUGUCCAAAAAGGUCGAGUAUAGCCUGCAGGAACGGGUAGAUUGGUGGUUGGAAGAAGCCGAGGACGACGUAUUCAUAUUGCGGACAGACUGCGAGCUGCCGGAAGAACUCGUCUCGUUCGAGCGACUCUUGUUUCUAUCUGAGGAUGAAUGGAUCAAGACAGCGAAGAAGAGCAAACUCCCGAAGCCCAAAGUGGACCCAGACGUGCUCACAGUGGCCAUCGACGUCUUGAGCGCCCGCUUGAAGGAGUAUCCUACUAGUAUUGAGGAGGACGAGAAGCUUCUUUCCGCAGACAAGGUGGAGUCGUUGUCCCUAAAUAAGAAGCAUGCCGUGAUCGUUCGACUGGGGGAAAAACGUAUCCUGCAGGGGACUCUCAAACAGCUCCGCGCACGAGUUGCAGCAUCAGCAGGGUCUACCAAGAAACGCGGCCGUGAUGAAGAAAAGGGCGGCAAGGGAAAGAAGGCCAGGAAGUGAUGUGGGCAUGACACCCUACGGCACCCGUGUGUAGAGUACAUGCAUUGCGGUAUGUAUCAGCGUGGCGAACUCACUCAGCAAUACGACAUCUUCGGCUCCCUUUUUGUAGAGUAUGAUGCCGUCAAACUAGAAAGUCACUUAAGG